AUGGAUGAGGGCUUUUUGGAGGAGGUUGGUGUUGAUGAGAUUGGUGGAGAGCUAGGUUUUGCGGAGGAGGAUGCUCUGUUUGAUGAGCUUAUUUUUGACGAUGGAAUCAUUACAGAUAGCGCCAUAGAUGAAGAAACCUUGCUAGAAGAUGGCUGGUUGGAGGAUUUAGCUGACGAAGGUUGGCUCGAUGGUACCUUAGAUGAUGGUGGUUGGCUUAAUGAAGCCUUACUCGAGGCCGUACUCGAAGCGGGCAUGGAUGACAAAACUUUGCUUGAAGCAGAGGGUUUUACUGAAGAUAGUUUACCCGACGAAGCCAUCUGUGAAGACGCCUUGUUUGAUGGUAUCGAAGAGGAAGGCAUGCUUGAAACAGGCUUGCUAGACGAAACCUUGCUGGAAGACGGUCGACUUGAAGAGGGUGUAGCUGAAGAAGAUUUAGAUGAAGAGGACACCAUUGAAGACGGCUUGCUGGAUGAUGGUUUGCUUGAAGAAACUAUUGACGAUGGCUUGCUGGAAGAAGGAGCCACUGAAGAGGGCUUAGCAGAUGAUGCCUUACUUGAAGCGGGCAUCGACGAAGACGGUUUGCUUGAAGGUGGUUUACUUGAAGAGGGAAUCGAUGAUGGUUUGGCUGAUGACAUAGCUGAGGAUGGCUUUCUUGAAGAGGCUUUUGUCGACGAUGGUUUGCUCGACGAAGGCUUGACUGAAGAGGGUGUUAUGGAAGACGGUUUGCUAAAUGGUGGCUUAAUUGACGAUAGCUUGUUGGACGAUGGCUUGGAUGGGGAUGGCUUGGACGCUGACAGCUUCCCAGUAGAUUGUGAGGCACUCCUGGGUUUAGAUGUCGGCGGUCUCGUAGUUUUGGCUCCGGUCUUCUGA